CGGCUCCUCACUUUUGUGUAUAUGCUCAGCGCUCUUUUAUUUUGUACAUUUAGAGAUCUACUGUAGGCUUUGCCUGUUUAAUGAAUAUUCACUGAGCUAUAUGAACAAACAAAAGAAGAGACGGUUAAGCAAGUAAAGUUGAAUGAAAUUUGCAUUACGUGCUAUUGAAGAUGGAGUUUGUUAAAGAGGAGUGCGAGGACGUCAGUAUUUCACAACCAUUCAGACUGACGAAUGAAGAAGAUACUGGGGAACAAAGAGAUCUGAUGAAUCUGAAAGAGGAAAGUGAAGAACAGAAUGAAUAUCAGGAACCUUAUGAUGUCAUAACUGGAGAAAAAGCUAAUAGUGGUUCACAGACUGAAAAUAAAUUCUCACAAAAAAUAAAAACAGAAAAUUCUUUCAUCUGCCCUCAUUGUGGAAAGAGUUUCAGACAUAAAGGAAAUCUUAAUAGCCAUAUGCGAAUUCACACAGGAGAGAAACCGUUCACAUGCCAUCAGUGUGGAAAAAAUUUCAGGCACAAAGGAAACCUUAAUUUCCACACAAGAAAUCAUUCUGGAGAGAAGCCUUUCACAUGCCCCCAGUGUGGUAAGAGCUUCAGACAUAAAAAAAGCCUUAAAAUCCACACAAGAAUUCAUAGUGGUGAGAAGCCUUUUCAGUGCCUCCUGUGUGAAAGGAGUUUAAUAGAUGCAACGGCCCUUAAGGAACACAUGAGAGUUCACACUGGAGAAAAGCCUUUUCAGUGCCUCCAGUGUGGCAAGAGUUUCACACAAAAGGGAAGCCUUAAAAUCCACACAAGAUUUCAUACUGGAGAAAAGCCUUUCGCAUGCCUCCAAUGUGAAAGGAGUUUCAUAGAUGCAACGGCCCUUAAGGAUCAUAUUGGAUCUCACUCUGGAGAGAAGCCUUUCACAUGCCUUCAGUGUGGCAAGAGUUUCACACACAAAAGAAGCUUUGAUAGGCACAUGAGAUUUCACACUGGGGUGAAGCCUUACUCAUGCCUUCAGUGUGGAAAGAGUUUCACACAAAAAGGGGACCUUAAAAUCCACACAAGAACUCAUACUGGAGAAAAGCCAUUCAUGUGUCUUCAGUGUGGAAGGAGUUUUACAAACCAAAAUGCCCUUAAGGUUCACAUGAGAAUCCACACUGAAGAGAGACCUUUCACAUGCCUUCAGUGUGGAAAGAGUUUCAGACAUAAAAAAAGCCUCAGAAUUCAUAUUGGAAUUCACUCGGGAGAGAAGCCUUUCACAUGCCAUCUGUGUGGAAAAAGUUUCGCAGUAAAAGGAAACCUUAUAAGGCACAAUCUGCAUUACACGCCACUGAAGAUGGAGUUUGUUAAAGAGGAGUUUAAAGAGGAGAGUGAAGACGUCAGUAUUUCAGAACCAUUCAGACUGAAGAAUGAAGAAGAUACUGAGGAACAAAGAGAGCUGAUGGAAGUGAAAGAGGAAAGUGAAGAACUGAAUGAAGUAGAGGAGAAACAUCAGUAUCAGAAAACUGGUGAUGAAUCGUUCAGUGGCUUACAGACAGAAAAUAAAUCCUCACUUAAGAGGACUCGAAGAACAAAAACAGCAGAUUCUUUCUCCUGCCAUCAGUGUGGAAAGAGUUUCAGGCAUAAAGUAAACCUUAAUAUCCACAUAAAAAUUCAUUCCGGAAAGAAGCCUUUUACAUGCAUCCAGUGUGGAAAGAGUUUUGCACACAAAAGAAGUCUUAAGGAGCACAUGAAAAUUCACACUGGAGAGACCCCAUACACAUGCCUUCAUUGUGGAAAGAGUUUCACACAAAAAGGAAGCCUUAAUAUCCACAUGAGAAUUCACACUGGAGAAAAGCCUUUUCCAUGCCUUCAGUGUGGAAGUAGUUUCAUAGACAAAAAUGCCCUUAAGGAUCACAUGAGUGUUCACACUGGCGAGAGGCCUUUCACAUGCUUUCAGUGUGGAAAGAGUUUCAGACUUAAAAGAAACCUUAAUAUCCACACAAGAAUUCACACUGGAGAGAAGUCUUACAUAUGUCCUCAGUGUGGAAAGAGUUUCAGACAUAAAAGAAGCCUCAACAUUCACAUUGGAAUUCACAGCGGAGAGAAGCCUUUCACAUGUCCCCAUUGUGGAAAAAGUUUCCUAAUAAAAGGAAGUCUUAAAAGGCACAUCAGAGUUCACACUGGAGAGAAACCUUUUACAUGUCUUCAGUGUGGAAAGAAUCUCUCAGAUAAAGCAAGCCUUAAGGACCACAUGAGAAUUCACACUGGCGAGAAGCCUUUUUCAUGUCUUCAGUGUGGGAAGAGUUUCACAAUUAAAACAACACUAAGAACUCAUAUGAAAUGUCAUUCAGGAGAGAAAUUACACCACUGUUCUCAGUGUGGCAAGAGUUUUUCACAGCUGACCAAUUUAAAGCAACACCAGAAAAUACAUACUGUUGUAAAAGCUCAUGUGUGCUCAGAGUGUGGUAAAGCCUUUGUCCGAACCGGCAACUUGAAACGGCACCAAAGAGUUCAUGUGGAAGAAAAUCGUUAAUUGUUCACAUUGUGACAAUAGAUUGGCUUAUACAAGUCUUGUGCAGUCAGUCAAUUAAAAUGUUUAAUCCCAGAUUUUGAUAAUGAUGAAAAAUAUAUAUAUAUACACAGUACUGUGCAAAUGUCUUAGGCACAUAAGAUGCUUCACAAAAACCUUUGUCUUAAGAUGGUUAUUUUUGCAAAUAGCAUAGAAUAGAAGACAGAGAGCCCUGCAACAGAUGGCAUGGGAUUACAAGAAGAGACAGAAGCAAUUUAGACAGCCUAAAUAGAAGCUUGAUACAUCCUAUCUGCCAACAAUCCAGAAAAACUGUAUCCCAGUGUACCUAGGAGAAUUGGUGCUGUUUUAAAGCAAAGGUGGUCACACCAAAUAUUGAUUUAGCUUUUUUUUAUUUGUCAAUUGAUGAAUGAAAACUAUAUAUGGCAUUAUUUUUAAAGGAAUCCUCACUAUGCAACAUUUUCCCCAAGUGCCUAAAACUUUUGCACAGUACUGUGUGUGUGUGUGUGCGUGUGUUAUAUAUAUAUAUAUAUUAGGGCUGGCAAUCGAUUAAAAUUUUUAAUCAAAUUAAUUACAUGGU